GCGCCCGCUCGCUCCCUGCCCACUCCCGGGGGGACGUUCCGCGCCGCGGCCCCGCGGCCGCCGCUUCUUUCACACUUUAGUUGGGAGCCGCGCGCCGCGCUCAGCGACCGGAGAGCUGGCCGCGCGCCGUGGCCUCCCGCACGCACGCACGCGGGCCGGGCUCCCGGGCUCUCGGCGCCUACUCGGAGCGGCGGGGAGGAGGGGGACCCCGGACUGUCUGUGGGGAGGCGGAGGAAGAGGAGAGGAGGGAGGAAGAGACGCGGCGCGGAGGCACGGGGCGGGGGGCGGGAGGCUGGCCACCUUCAGCCCCCCCGCGAGCGCGCAAGGAGUUACAUGGUCAGAGAUAAAAAUACAUACACAGAAACACGCAUUAAUCCUGAGUGAUGACAAACACAGUUGGAGAUAGAAGUGAUUUGUUUCAGUGGGAAGCCUACCUCUGUAUAAGGUGCACACAUCUUGACCAACUCAGCAGGAAGGUGGAUUGUCUUUGGGUUUAAAGAAAAAAAAAAUGUCCCUGUGUCUGUAGAGAUGAUUUGCAGUUCAGCCCGGCUGAAGCUGACCGAAUGAGACUAUGGGCUGUGCCUCUGCCAAGCAUGUUGCCACUGUUCAAAAUGAAGAGGAAGCCCAGAAAGGGAAGAACUACCAGAACGGAGAUGUGUUUGGUGAUGAGUAUAGGAUCAAACCGGUGGAAGAGGUCAAAUACAUGAAAAAUGGGGCAGAAGAGGAGCAGAAAAUAGCAGCCAGGAACCAAGAAAACUUGACUAGACCACCGUCUUUAAAGGUGCCUGCCUUUUUCUCAGACACUGCAGGACAUCAGGACAAGUCUCUGAGGCAGACCUGGUUACUUUUCAGAAGUGAAAAAAGUGCCAGUUCAAAUGUAAGACUUAAAACUAAUAAAGAGAUUCCAGGAUUAGUUCAUCAGCCCAGAGCAAACAUGCACAUCUCUGAAAGCCAACAAGAAUUCUUCAGAAUGCUGGAUGAAAAGAUUGAAAAGGGUCGAGAUUACUGUUCGGAAGAAGAGGAUAUCACAUAGCACCGAUUCUACUACUCAAACCAGGAGCGACUACUGUGUAAAUAGGUUACACCCCAGUUGAAAUCUUUGCAAAGGUCGGUUCUCUUCAACGAACAGCACUAUAGCAAAAGAAGAUCGUUCCAUAUCGUAUGCCCCAUUAAAUUACAGUGUUUCUUAAUGAACUUGCAAAGGGAUAUUGCUAAAAACAAACACACACACACACACAAAAACUGUUAUCGAACUUUCUUUGUUGCUGCUAGUUAAAACUUGUUGCAACUUUUCACUUGUGUCCAGGUAUGCAGCAAAAAUCUGCGAUUUCACCUUAAAGAUACUGAUGGUUUUACAGAUGCUCUCCAACCUAUUUUCUCUAAGAUGAGGUAGUGGUGAACUCAGAUAUCAAACUUCUGUUGUAGAACUCUUCCGCUUCUAAGACAAGCGUCUCCUUCCCUCUCUCCCCCCUCCCUGUCUCUCCUGAGCGGUCCAGAGCCUCGCUUCUCACUGGCAAUGUUGCGCUUUGGAGAUGGGAUGGUUGCUAUGGCAAGCCUUGUUUCUCUGCUACGAAGAAGUAGAGAAGCCAUUGUCCAUUACAAGCAUGUUGUGACGUGACUCCCGGAGUGACAUGGGAGGGAGCAGCAGGUGGUUUCAUUUACUAGGUAUCUGAAUCGAGGAUUAAGCUUGCAACAUUGGCUUUGCUCAGAUGCAGACGGAAGUGUGAUCACAAUCAUUCUGAAUCCCUCUUCCCCACUUUUUUUUUUCUAAGAAAAUAAACAUUUUACUGUUUUUAUGUAUCCUUGUCUUCUCCCAUUCAUCCAGUUCGGUGUUUUACGGUGAUCCUGGGUGCAGAAGAUGAGCCCUUCUUUGCAAUGACACCGAUAAUUGACCCUCAUGGCUCCCUACCCUCCCAUCAGCCACCCACCUCGUGUUAGCAGGGCUGCUGGUGGUCAGAGGAGACCAGGGGACACUCCUCAACUUUCUAGGAGGGCCUGAAACCACCCUGUUAUCUUUCAUUUUGUUAGCAAGUAAGCCAUCCUACUUCCUCGUUCUCCCCCUUCCAAAUGUUCCAUGAGCCUCGCCACUCCCUUCUACUCAAGGCACUGGGCUAGGACAGUGCAAAGCGUUUGCCUGUUGGAAACGUAGUACAUUGACACUGGUGAUGGUAUUUGGAGAUGCGGAAGCCAAAGCCCUAAGGCAGUGUUGGGGAAUGUUAACUUGUGGGUUUGGUAGAGUUUAUUUUUCCAUAUUAUAUGAAGAGAACAAUCUCUUCUCAAAGACAGAAGUAAUAUUUUUAACAAAUGUUGUCACAAGUAAAUAGCAAUCAAAAGGAGAAAAUAACUUUUGUAUUUUUUUAACGCGUUUGAUAGCUUUGAUGAGGAUUCUCUUUGUUACUUUCGGGCGGGGCACCCCAUGAAAUGCUAGGCCAGCAGGCCCGGUUUGGGUUUGUUCCACAGAAACACAGAAGGAGCACUGUCUGUUUCCCUCGUGGAGUUUGAAUGUGAGGGGCUCAGGAUCAGCCACGCUGCCAACCCUCCGAAGGUGGGUGGUUAUUUAUCCUGGGGAGCCGAGAGCUUACCUGCCACAGAACAGAAUAAGAAGCAAGAUUUGCUCUUGCUGAGAAGAUGAGCCUUGACUUUAAAAUCCAUCUGCAUAAUGGAUGGCACCAUCGAUGUGCUAAUGGUGAGACUCCUUCUGCUGUUAGACCCGGGGGCACCGAGAGGAAGGAACCUCAGUCCAGUGCUACAGAAAAUGGACUCACAAGUUAGCAACAAAAGCCCUUAAUUCUCUCAGCCAGCAGCCGCUAUUCUGGGGAGCAGCUGUGGUUGUUACAUAAAUAGAGAUGCAGCCAAAAUUUAAGGCUUUUUAUCCUGCUUCAAGCAGAAAAAUGCAGAGAGUCAAGUCGCCUAGGGGUUUACGUUCCCUUUGUAUGGUGUUUGGCCAAAGGACUAAAAUAGUUUUUCCUCAACUGUAAAUGAACUGCUGAGCCCCACCUGAAACUUGUCCACGUGGGACUCUGUUCACUGUUAUGUGAUUUCUGAUGCUUCUCAAGCAAGAAUGACUAAGCAUCCUCCACGUGGCUCCUCUACUUGGUGUCUCAGACAGUGUCUUCCCAGAAAAUCACCCCCUUCUACCCAAAGAUGACACAUGCUUUUUUUAUCAUUUUUUUUCUAGUCCUGUUUAACAUUUUACAUGAUACACAUGUACACAGAGCCAAGUGUUUCUUGGGAAUUUGACUUUUGAGUGUUUCAUAAAACUAGAAGCUGGUUCCCGAGAACCAGGGGCUUUUCACCUGGAAUUCCGUCUCCCAAGUUUAACUCUUUGACGUGCAGACGUGAUUUCCUCUGCAGACAAAUGUUGGUAUAUCUAGAAAUAGAUCUGGGAAAUGGGGUGGAUGAGUGGGUUGGCAUGAGACGCUUGAUUAUGUUAGCAACACUCAAAACUGUCUUGUGUUUCCAUCGUUUCGCUUUAAUCAUAAAAUUGUCAAGUGA